CUAGGUGUUUAGGAUGCUGCAGCGCUUCGCCGUCCGCUCGGGCGCGGCCUCCGUGGCGCGCCAGCAGGGCCGCCAGACCGCCGCCAAGCUGCAGGUGGCCUGCUUCUCGUCCGAGGACGACUGGCGCCUCUCGGACGACGACUUCGACGAGGGCGCCGACAAGAUCAUCGACAAGGACCGCAAGGACUCGCUGCCGCGCCGCCAGAUCAUGCCCGAGGCCGCCAAGAAGAGCCGCUUCAUGGCCGUGGCGCCCGAGAACCGUGGCAAGGUGCGCCGCCGCCUCUUGGACGAGUUCAAGAAGGACGGGCUCACGCUCGCGGACCCGGACCAGCCCGGCCAGUACCUGACCCCCGACGCCGGCAUCCUGCGCGACAUGCGCGCCAUGAACAAGGAGGGCGACGAGAUGGAGUUCGCCGACGAGGACGAGGAGGGCGAGCUCAACCUCGGCCGCAUGGGCCUGCUGCGCCAGAUCGUGCACGUGGACCAGGUGCAGAAGGUGACGACGCAGGAGCGGAUCGUCAACUUCCGCGCGCUCGUGGUGGUCGGCAACAUGCGCGGCGUCGCCGGAUAUGCCGUGGGCAAGGGCUCGUCGCCGCCCAUUGCCAUCCAGCGCGGCACCAAGCUCGCCAUGAAGCGCUUCACGUACGUCGACCGCUUCGACGACCGCACGCUGUACCACGAAGUGCGCGGCAAGUGGAACAGCUCGACGCUGUUCCUGCGCCCGGCGCCCAAGGACAAGGGACUCACGGUCAGCGAUACGGUGGCUUGUGUGCUGGACUGCUUCGGCAUCACGGACGUCGUGUCCAAGACCCACGGCCAGCGCAACCCCUUCACCGUCGUCAAGGCCACGUUCGACGCCCUGUCCAAGCACGAGACGGCUGAGGAGAUGGCUCUCCGAACGGGCCACUCGCUCGUGGAACUCAGCACCCUGGCGCGCACGCGCAACCUGUAGGCUUCGAGAGCAUGUUAGCGAGACAGGAUGCUGGAUUUAAGGGAAGGAAAGGGUGUUCAUUGCGCCGUUGCAUAG